AAAUAAGAAGGCAGGGGCUGCCGGUGAGUUGCAGAGGGCUUUUGUGAAUUACAGGGGUGGUAAGCCCCGAGUUGCUCCGGCGCCUACCUGUUUUCAGCUGACUGGGAGGGCAAGGAUGGUGGAUGCGUUCUGUGCUACCUGGAAGCUGACAGACAGUCAGAAUUUUGAUGAGUACAUGAAGGCUCUGGGAGUGAGCUUUGCCACCAGGCAAGUGGGAAACGUGACGAAGCCAACGGUGAUAAUCAGUCAGGAAGGUGACAAAGUGGUGAUCAAGACACAAUGCACGUUCAAGAACACAGAGAUCAGUUUCCGGCUGGGAGAAGAGUUUGAGGAAACGAGCAUAGACGACAGGAGCUGCAAGUCUGUUGUUCAGUUGGAUGGAGACAAACUCAUUCAGCUACAGAAAUGGGAUGGCAAAGAAACUAAUUUUGUAAGAGAAAUUAAGGAUGGCAAAAUGGUUGUGACUCUUACCUUUGGUGAUAUUGUUGCUGUUCGCUGUUAUGAAAAGGUGUAGAAGAGAUGACGAAUCUUUGGACAGUUCGAUUUUCUGGAAUCUCAGACCAGCUAUACUGCAGCACUGGUCAC